UAAAACAAAGUAAUUUUUUCGCUAGAGAUUUGUUUUCUUAUUGUAAAUAUUGUGCGUUGGAAAAUUAAAUGAGUUGAAUUAAAAGUUGCUGGAAAAAUGAAUCGCCAAUUGGUGGAAAAUAUUUUAACCGUAAUAAAGACAUCGACCGAUAAAUCAGUGAUUGUUAAGGGUCUGGUAAAACUUCGUACAGAUGUGGUCAAAGAUAAAGAUGGAAUUUUAUUGUUUAGGGAAGCAGGGGGAGUUUCACCAAUGGUACGGUUUCUCAGUAAACCACAUGAGCAAAUAUUGGAAGUGGCGUUAAGUAUUAUGGGCAAUUGUUGUACCGAUGAUAUCAGUUGCAAAGAGGCAUUGGAAAGUAAAAUUGCUAUACCUUUGGCUACAAUUUUAAAAUCCAUACCGAAUCCGGUGAUACAAUGUCGUGCUUGUCGUUUAUUGGGUAAUUUGGCCAAAGUAGAUGCAAAUCAAUUGGUGGCCAAUCAUUGUCCCAUAAUUGCACAAUCAUUGUGUCGCAUCAUUGAGGAUACCUCUGAUGUGCAAACACGUAUGAUGGCAUUUCGAGCAUGUCGUUUUCUAUUGACUAAUUCUCAAUUCGUAAAGAAUUUCCUUCAGGCUGCCGGUUUAGCUACACUUUUACGCAUAUUGGCAUCUGUGAUGAAGAACAACGAUUAUGUGGUCGAAGAAAAACUACUAAAUGACGCCCAAGCCCCUUUAAAGAUGGGCUUGAAACGUAACCAGCAUCGCGAGAAAUAUUUCGAGGAAGUUGCUCGUAAUUUGGAAGGUGUUCGCAGUGAUAUAUUUGAUCAUGAAGUUCUUAAAAAUACCACACGCAAUGCGAAUACUUAUGCCAUGCCCACGGAAAGAGUAGCCUUAGAUCUUAUAUGUGAAAUAUUAAAGUGUUUACUGUCCAUCUCUGAGCUGCAAAUCGGUGUACCCAUUUGGGACUCCUUAAAUAGGGCCAAUUGCACAUUUGCUCCUAUUGUUUAUUUUGUUACCGACGAAAAGAAUAAACACAGAAGUGCAGCCUUAAAGAUUUUAUCGAAUCUUUCCAAAAAUAAUGGAGCUUUCUAUAUACUUAGUUCAGCUGAUGCAAUUUUGGCUGCAUGCGAACUUUUAGUAGCCGGCGAUGAGGAGGGGGCACCAAAUGAAAGUGAAAGUCGACAUUGUAUCAAUAUCAUAAGUAUACUAUCGACAGAUGCUUGUAAUCGUUCGAAAAUAAGACGGUCUGGUGCCUUAAGGAAACUAAUUGCAAUGUGCAAGGAAUCAAAUUCUCAGCCAGAGAAAUCAGCGAUUUUAAAUGUUUUAAUAAAUUUCCAAUAUGACAACAUGAGUAUGGAUCUAAUGUUACGUGAAGGCUUAAUCACAGUUCUAGUUAAAGAACUGGAUCAAUAUGUAACUAGCGAUGAUGAAUGCUACAAAAAGAAACGUGAGGAAAAAUUACAAACGUCUAAAAAACGUAAACUACCGGAAAUUGUAAAAGAACCUAAAUGCAAGUUCCCUAAGGUGAAAGAAGAAAUAUAUUUGGAUUGUGAUUCACCCAGCAGUUCACCAAGAUCAUACAAUGCGCCAUCUAGCCCUUCCAGUUCACGAAGCAUGUCACCUGUGGGAGGGAAUGUAUAUGAGACAAAUGAUUCCGAUGAAGAAUCCUAUUCUCCUGUUUGUAGUGAUGAUGAAGAGGAGGAAGAAGAGAAAAAUGAGGAUGAUACUAAAACAGAUACUAGUAGCUACUUAUACAGUAAUCCAAAUAUCAAUUGUAAUGAUCAUACUAUAAUAAUGAAUCUACUGGAUGUUGCGGCCAGGUCAGAUCCAAUUGAAGAUCAUAUUUUACUGGACAAAGAAGAUGAUGAAGAAAUAAGUCAAGAUGCUGCUUUGAAAUUGCCGCCAACGAGUAACUUGCCUCAUAAUACCAUAGAUAUAAUAGAUAAUUUAAUAUUUCGCGUAACCUGCUUGGUGAAGAAAUGUUUAGACUUGGGCAAACCUGAAACCAUGAACACCCUUAUCAAGGCCAUAAAUAUGUUUGGCAUCAAUUUAGAUUUUGCUGGAUCUCUUACCAAUAUUUUAUUAGAAAGUCAAUUUUUUGGACAGGUCAUUAAACAGGGAAUAUGCCAUCAAUUGUUUCAAUUAACAAAAAUAAAAGAGAUGGCUAAAGAUGGUUUUGGUUUCCUAGACACCUUAACAUCUGUGGGCGAAUGUAAUUAUGGCAAGGAAGAAUUGGCACGUCUAUUGCGUUGCGAGGAUACUGUAGCACAAAAGAGGGCCGCCAUUACUGUAGCAUACAUAAUCAGAAGUAAACCUCUGCUAUAUCAAUUCCUUAAUGAUGGCAAUGCGCUCUCCGUUUUACUAAACAUAAUAUUAAGUGCCAAACAGGAUGAAUUUACAGCCGAAGCAGUUGAUUCGCUAACUUGCAUGUCACGCUUCACCUUGGGCAUUGAUAUACCACAGACGGCGGCUGACAAACGUCUAGAUGAGUAUGAGAUAUUCAUAGAAAAGGAUGCUGACCAAGCUUUACAUGAGACAUGUGAUAUGCGUUUUUUGUUACACGAUCCAAAUGACACCGAAGAUAGCAGCACAUCCGUUACAGCGGUGGCUUUUAAUAAGGCUUUACUCUGCUCCACCAGCGAAGUAUUCAAUACAAUGUUAAAUAGUGAUUUUCGUGAAGGCCACGAAGGUGAAAUACACUUGCGCACUUACACCGUCAGCGGUCUGCUCUAUUUCCUCAAUCUCAUUGUGCGCCAAUCGAAGGAUUUAAAAAUGAAUAUACCACCAGCCGACAAAUACCAUGCUCUGUUGGAGGCUUUUGAAAUGUCACGCAUUUAUAUCAUACCCGAAAUGGAACAAUUCGUUUUGCAAGUUUUGAUAUCUCAACUGGAUGAAUCGAAUUGUUUGAGCGUGUUGGAAUGGUCGAUGAAAAACUAUCAUGUGGAGCUGACUGAAAUGUCGAUUAACUAUUAUUUGUGUUCAUCCUUGACUACCGAAGCCAAAGUAAAUUUAUUUAGAAUCGCCGAUUAUUCGACAUAUUCGGCGGAAUGGUUUCAAAUGAUUAUAGAAGCUGUUUUGGCUAGAUGUCGUAAUGGUUUUUAAACAUAUUCAUUUCUCUUUUAAGUUAUAUGUAUGUGAUUUUCUUUUCUAAGAUAUAAAUUAUAUUUUUUUUUUAAAUUUACUAUUAUUUUCUAAAACUUGACUGUAUUUAUUUUUUUAAACUCCCAUUUAAGUUGUAAUUAAGCUGAAUAACAUGUUUUACUAAUGUGCGUAUGAUUAUGAAGGAA